GUCUCAAAUCAACAGCGCUGAGCUGAGUUCCCAUGUUUAUGUUGCAACAACAAAGUAAUCUUUUUAAAAUGUUGGUCUGUGAUGUCAAAGGGUAAGCUUACAAAUAAAGUACAAUAAAAUGUUUUGUGUCAUUCAUUUGAGCCGACUUUGUAUCCAUGACACCACCUGACUUGGUGGAGCCAUUGACCCCCUCCCUGUCCUCGUCUUGCUGCCUCUUCUGCACGCCGCACCUCCUGCAUCAGAUUGAAGUUCUGGAUCAUGUGCUUGCUCAGGUUAUAGCUUGCCACCAUCUUCUUGAGCUUCACCAGCUCCCGGCAUGGACACACCCCUCCCCCUAUCGGAGAGGCUCUGUCAGGCCAAGGGAGCUCGCCAUCCAUGAACUCACUCCCAAUAGGAGUAGUGACCGAGUCAAUGUACGUCAGUAUUAUUUUGUACCCAGCUGGCAAAUGCAUGCACAUCAGAACGAGCAGCACAAUGUCCAUUGAAAUGGACUGGACUCACUGGUCGAGCUUGUCUGCGGCAAUGUCCAAGGAAAAAUCCAUACUGGUUUGACAAAGGACAUUUUUACCCAAGACAUAUUUUGGGGCUAAAGAACAGCCAUGAACAGGGCCACUCGUCCCCUGGCUCAUCCUGAUCUCAUCGGGGACAAGAAGUGCAUAUCCAGGCCAGGCUUACUCACGGCUUUUAUAAGCAAGGCUCAGCAGACCAAAUUAAGUAACUCCGCAUGCAGGUGGACUGCGGAACUAAGAGGAUUAGACGCCAUUUACGUCGCCGACGGGACGCAUAGCAACAGGGGUUGGUCCUCACUGAUCGUGAAUAGCUUGGGCUCAUCGUACUGCAUUUGGUUCAUUCCCCAGCCAGACCGCCACCAUGUGAGGAAAACAUGUCCCCUCAUCAUGGCAUGCAUGCUGUGGACCGUCUUUAUGUGGACUUUCAAAGGCGUACUGUGCACCUGCAGGUUCCUUUGGAUUUGCCCGUACAAUGCAAUCCAGUUUCUGCCAAGGGAAAGACACACUGUGGAAAAAAGCUCCCCUCAAAAACAAUCAACGGGUUGUGAAAGUAAGAUGGCCGCCGCCAUACCGGGCUGCCCCGACCGAACAGCGGCCCUCCAAAAAAGGUUGAGCAAAACUGAACAGGACAUCCUGUCCCUGAGGACCAGGAUCGCUUGCGAGAGAGCGGCGUGGGAAAGGAAGUUUGCUGAGCUGCAGAGACAACAGGAGGCGCUUUGCAAUCAGGUCAUCUUUGAGGUUGGAGCACCAAUAAGAGCCGAGCAAAAAGUGGACAAUGGAGACAUUUUUGGCGAGUGCUCAAGUAAAGAGCACCGCCUUCAUGACAUAGGCGCUGAUGUUUUAUCUCGACAAAGCCCGUUUUCCUUGUCCCCAGCACCGAGCUUCUCAUCAUACUCUUCCUGCUCCUCGGCAUCAAGUGUGCGAUCUACACGAUCUGUGGGACCGCAACGGGUUUUCGUACCCCACUCCCCAAUGGACCUGCACCUCGGCCACCGGGUCAGAAUCAUGCUGCCUUCCGGGCGAAUCAGCACGGGCGUCAUACGUUUCCUGGGCCACCUGCAGGGAGAGUCAGAGCUCCACCUCGGGGUUGAGCUGCAGACCCCCGACCACGGCAUGCGGGACGGCCACCACAAGGGACACUUCUACUUUGACUGCAAACCUGGCCAUGGUGCCUUUGUACCAUUUCACAAGCUGCUGAUGGCCUGGGAAUGACAACCCCUGGACGCACAGAACCCAACGACUGAUUCAUUUGAAGACCAUACAGCUUGGACCCAGUGACUCAUCAUUGUAGUUUUUGUAUCAAAUAGAAAUUGAGAGUACAAGUAGUAGAUGCAAUGGUGUGAGUCUUUGGCAUGCAGGAAACUUCUGCAUUCAAAGGCCACAUGAUAGCAUCUUAAUUCAGUAUCUUUAAAAACUGGUAGAGCAUAGAUGAUGAUGAUUAAAAUUAUUAAAACAGUUCCUUAAGCAGUUUACAAAUGUGGAUGCAGGUUUAAAAGUUAAUGUGCAUGAUUGAACAAUUAGUAACCUGAGAUCAAAUCUCCCAAAUGUUCCAGAUUGUGCAUUGUUCUUUUUGACAUGAAGUCUGAUGACUGUUGAACGUAUAGCUUAAUGCUUUUACAAUGUUAUGAAUUUAUUUAAAAUGACACACACACACAGCCUCUCCCUCUUUUCAGAAAUAUUUGUAUGCAAAUAAAUCUGGAAAGAUCAUGCACACCUCCCAUACACU